GCGGGAAACCAUUUGUUCCUCGCCUUUCCCGCGCGAAUCGCAGCUUCACUCUCUACGUUCGCGUUAAAACACGCGGACUAUCAGUCGUUUUUGCCGGCAAGUUAGAAGAAGAAGUUGCUCUAGCCGUUGUAGUUGCAGGAGUUUUAGUUGUUGAUUGUUUAACUGCGAUUGGCGAUGGACAAAGUGGAGCCGGGACGAGAUGACUGCGGGAGUUCUCUGAAGAAGAGGGAAGGGUACCUGGAGUGGCCUGAGUACUUUAUGGCAGUCGCUUUCCUGUCAGCACAACGCAGCAAGGACCCCCACUCCCAGGUGGGAGCGUGCAUCGUAAGUCCAGAAAACAAGAUUGUUGGCAUCGGCUAUAACGGGAUGCCCAAUGGCUGUAGCGACGACUGCCUGCCCUGGGUUCGCACUGCACCCGACUGGAUCGACACCAAGUACCCAUACGUCUGCCACGCGGAGCUCAACGCCAUCUUGAACAAGAACAGUUCAGAUGUCCGAGGCUGCAUUAUAUACGUGGCGCUCUUCCCCUGCAACGAGUGCGCCAAGCUCAUCAUCCAGAGUGGUAUCCGUGAGGUCGUGUACCUAUCGGACAAGUACCACGACCGUCCAGAGAUGAAGGCAUCGCGCACGCUGCUCAGCAUGGCUGGGGUUAAUUACAAGCAGCUGUCCCCCAAGAUGAAGAAAAUCGAGAUUGACUUUGACGUGAUCAACUCGCCUGGGGGGAUUAACAACAUCUCGUAGCAAGGGUCACCCCCAUGAUUUGUAGAGCAAGGCGAGAGUGGCAUCAUCCACUGUUCCUGUGCAUGCAACCGUGUAUUUGCGAGUUUAGAUAUGAGCACCUUAUGUGGAUGUGGUGCUGCUGUUAAUCGCCAGGAUUUGGGGUGGGGGACAAAGAUGGGCAUGUGUGGUGCUGGCCUUCCUGCUGCCAUGCACGCACUGUCCCGGCCUCAACUGGCACUUGCAAUAUGCUGUGUAAUCAGAUGUAGUGACAAGGGCAUGCUUUAGUGGCAGUCUUGUUUUAAGCUGCACAUUUAUUUAUUGUUGUGGUAGAGUCAGGUCACUAUUUGCUGCUUCUGGGAUAUUAAGACUUUUAACAUGCUGUUUUAGGAAUAAACAUGUCAUUUGUGUAGGAAUGCUUCACAGAGUCACAAGACGUUUUCAGGGGGUUCUCCAUG